AUCAGAGCCUCCUCUGAGGGAGUGAAAAUUGAGAGUGAGUGACACCCAAACAGAACCCAAACACCUUGAACCCCAAAAAUGGAAUCUGGUUCUAGUUUCACAGCAAAAACACUAGUUUUCAAUGGUCAUAACUACCCAGUUGGGUCAGUCAAAAUGAAGGCUUAUCUAAGGGCCUUCAACCUUUGGGAAGUGGUGGAAACUGACCAACAGCCACCACCUUUAAGGCAGAAUCCCACCUUGGCUCAGAUAAAGCAACAUACUGAAGAAGUUACGAAAAGGUAUAAAGCCUUGACUUGUAUUCAUUCUGCAGUAACUGAUGAGAUUUUUGACAGAAUUAUGCGCUGUGAAACAGCCAAAGAAGCCUGGGACUUGUUGAAGGUAGAGUUUCAAGGUGACAGCAAGGGAAUUCAGAUGCAAGUUUUGAAUCUGAAAAGGGAAUUUGCUGUUUUGAGGAUGAAUGAGUUUGAAACUGUCAAAGAGUUUUCAGAUAGAAUAAUGAAGAUUGUGAAUCGAAUCAGAUUGUUGGGUGAUGAAGAACUCUCUGAUAAGAGGGUUGUUGAGAAGGUGUUGAGAAAAGCCUUAAGGUCCGAAAGCAAUGUGGAAGGUGCUAUCUUGGCUACCGAAAAGGGUAAAAGCCAACAAAAGGAAGGAGCAAAGAAGCAAUUUUUUUAUAAGAAAUGGAAAGAAAAGAAGGAGUUUCAAAGAGGUUUUAAGGGCGGUAGAUACAAGGGUAAAAAGGAGUCAUUUCCUCCUUGUAUUCACUGCAAAAAGACAUCUCACACAGAAAAUUUUUGCUGGUUCAGGCCUGGUGUUCAGUGUAGGUCUUGUAAGCAAUUCGGUCAUGUUGAAAAGGUUUGCAAAUCAAAAGCAGACUCUACAGCACAAGCUCAGAUUGCAGAGAAACUUGAUCAACAGGAGGAGAAGUUGUUUGUGGCCACUAAAGUGGAAGCUUGCUGUGCUAUGAAUCUCAGUUGUAAUGUUUGGUUGAUAGACAAUGGAUGUACUCACCAUAUGACUCCAAAUGAGAGCUGCUUCAAAAGCCUUGACAAGAGUUUUACCUCUAAAGUCAGAUUGGGUAAUGGAGAGCUAGUAGAAGUCAAAGGAAGGGGAGUAGCAACUGUUGAUACACCAAUAGGUAUCAAGCUUAUUUAUGAUGUUUUAUUUGUUCCUGAGAUUAGCUACAGCCUUAUUAGUGUUGCUCAGCUUGUUGAAAACAAAUACUCUUUGCACUUUCAUGACAAGCUAUGUGAUGUAUUUGAUGAAUUUGGAAAUUUGUUGUUAUCUAUUAAAAUGCUUGAUUAGGAGUUUUCCUAUUGAAUGGAAAGAAACUCAGAUACAGGCUUGCGUGAGUACUGUUGAUAAUUAUUGUGUCUGGCAUAAGAGGUUUGGUCACUCUAGUUAUCAAUCUUUGCUAUUGAUGCGAAAAAAGAGCAUGGUUUCUGGUAUGCCUCUGAUUCAUGUUGAUGAACAUGUUUGUAAAGUGUGUCAACUUGGUAAGCAAUCGCAAUUGCCUUUUCCAUCUGGUCAAGCUCACAAAGCUUCUAUGAAGUUGUAGCUAGUUCACACUGACAUUUGUGGUCCUAUGAAGACUGCUUCUUUAAGUGGAAAUAGAUAUUUCUUGAUUUU